UUUCUAGUCCAAUUCCCACCCUUGCCUUUGGCCCAUUCUCGUCUGUCGUUGACCUCUUGUAUUUCUUGUCUGGCAUGUGCAACGGCUCAAAAAACAACCUGGUUUAUCGCUACUUAUCGGAGUCUCGACCAGGCCCACCCACACAGUUGGAGAUCCCGCUAGGUCCUCACCUCCUCGAAUCUCCGCGUUCCUCGCUAGGUUGAACGCAUCGACCAACUCUUGUCCCUCCACCCCCCCAUAUUCAUAUUCAUAAGUGGCUCGGUCCCUUUCCCUAUGAGGCGCACGUCGGUCUCCCUGCCGACCAAGCACGUAGCUCACGAUCCCCACGAGAAGCCCGACCGCUACCGCCGUGACCAGCACAAUCAGGAACCGGCAAGCGUCUUCAUCAGGAUGCAGAACGCUUGGAUGUCGCAGUCGCAAAAGGCGCGCUACCUGAAGACGGGCGCAAUCGUCUUUGCCGUUCUCUUCCUCUUCUACCUCUUUUCCCCAUCAGGCGUUGAAAUCUCUGGUGCCGAUGGAGGCCCUUCUCAAGGCAACCAGGGCCAAGUACCCUCCGACUCGUCCUAUGGCACCGACCGAUGCACAAGAUCCUUCUCCAAGGAGAAGCCCAUCGUGCAGUAUGUUUCCAUGAUCGACGCCGGCAGUACUGGUUCCCGUAUCCACGUCUACAAGUUCAACAACUGCGGCCCCGCCCCCGAGCUGGAGGGAGAGGUUCUAUUCAAGAUGACUGCCAAGAUCGAGGGCCAGAGCAGCGGACUGAGCGCGUAUAAGGACGAUCCUUUGGCCGCUGCUAAGAGUCUGGACCCCCUGAUGCAGGCUGCCCUCGAAGUCAUUCCCGAUAAGCUCAAGGCCUGCAGUCCCGUCGCCGUCAAGGCUACCGCCGGUUUGCGCCUGAUUGGUCCCGAGAAGAGCCAGAAGAUCCUGGAUGCAGUCCGCGAGCACCUUGAGAACGACUACCCCUUCCCCGUGGUCUCCAAGGAGGAGCAUGGCGUUGCCAUGAUGGACGGUGCCGACGAGGGUGUCUACGCUUGGAUCACGGUCAACUACCUCCUCGGCAAGAUCGGCGGUCCCGACCACAGCCCCACCGCAGCCGUCUUCGAUCUCGGCGGCGGUUCCACCCAGAUCGUGUUCGAGCCUACCUUUGAGGGCCUUGCCAGCGGCGGCAUGCCCCAGAAGCUGGCCGACGGCGACCACAAGUACGAGCUCAACUUUGGCGGCCGCAAGUUCGACCUGUACCAGCACUCGCAUCUGGGUUACGGUCUCAUGUCGGCCCGCAACGCCAUCUUCGCCACUCUUGUCAACGACCUCUUCGAGCUUAACAAGCAGGACAAGUCGUGGAUGCAGAAGCCCGUCAUCAACCCUUGCUUCUCGACCGGCAUGACCAAGACCGUCAAGGUGCCCCUCGGCGACAGCCACCCGCUCGGCCCCAAGGUUGAGCUCAACAUGACGGGCCCCUCGACCCCGGCCCCCGCCCUGUGCCGCAGCUUGGCCGAGCGCAUCCUUAAGAAGGAUGCCGAGUGCAAGCUUGCCCCGUGCUCCUUCAACGGCGUCCACCAGCCGCAGAUCGCCAAGACGUUCGCCCGCGAGGACAUUUUCUUGCUGUCCUAUUUCACUGACCGUACCCAGCCGCUCGGCAUGCCCGAGUCGUUCACCCUCCGCGAGAUGCACGACCUGGCCGCCCAGGUGUGCGGCGGCGAGCAGAGCUGGGAUGUAUUCACCAGCGUGCCUGGUGCGCUGGAGGAGCUCAGCGACAGGCCCGAGCACUGCAUGGAUCUUAACUUUAUGCUUGCGCUUACGCACACGGGUUACGAGAUGCCGAUUGAUCGCGAGGUCAGGAUUGCGAAGAAGAUUAAGGAUAACGAGCUUGGCUGGUGCCUUGGUGCUAGCUUGCCAUUGCUCUCUCAGUCCUCCGGCUGGAAGUGCAAGAUCAAGGAGAUCCACUAAAUUGCCUCUGAUUAGCUGGAAGCUUCUGACCAACCUGACGAUGAACAUGUAUUUUCUUCUAUAACUUCAAGAGACGUCACGAAAGUAUUGGUGGACGCUCUCCAUCACCAUGCUGCUCCAUCGACUGGGCAGAUGAUAAUACGUGCUUCAUCACUUCAAUACAAGCAUGGGGAGAGGGGUAAUCGACGAACGAUCAAUCAUGGGUUUAUACAACGCAGAGAUCGGAUGACAGAAAAUGGGAAACGCCAACGCUAACUGAUGAAAGAAAAAUACCAACUAAACCAGCAUAAUGCGAGUUGGGACGGGAUGACACUUGGGAUAAAAAUCAUAGAUAUAAGGGCUAUCGGCCACCUCAUGGGAUGAUGGGUGAUCAAGGUAGCUUGUAGCUUUGUCCUAAUUAAGAUGUAAUUUUUUGUCUGCACCGCCUAUUGCUCCCACCCAUUCAAGAUCUGUUCUGUUUUGGCCCCUUGUCCCAAUGCCCCCUUCCAGUACGAUUAAACAUUCACCCCUCCCGCCUCUUCCUUCUCAUAACCCACCUCCAUCAUUCACCCCCUCGCCCACCACCACCAGAUUCUCCCUACUGGGGAACAGCAACCAUGCCCAGUACAUCCUCAAUCACCUCCUCCGGCCCGACCCCUUCUAACAUGGCCUCAACAGCCGCCGGCUCGCUGCCCCAUUGCAUGCUCCUCUCCCCCUCGGGGGAUGCCACUAUCUCGAUGCG